AUGGUAAGUGACUUUGUGUAUCAGUAUGAAAAGGCAAUAGAUGCACGUUACUUUAAAGAAAAAGAGAAAGAUGUGCGGACAAGAUCUACGCGGGCUAUAUUGAAAACACCUCUUAAAAUUGAAGAGGAGGCGGCAAUGGUUUAUACAAGAAAGUCUUUCAUAAUCUUCCAAGAUGAACUGUUCAAUAGUUUACGGUACAAAGCUACAAAAUUAUCUAAAGAGGGUGAAAGAAAGACAUAUGGAGUGGUAAUAAGUGGUAAAGAGAAACCACUUUAUCAUGUGACAUUGGAGAAUGGUGAAGAACAGACAACAUGUACAUGCCAUAUGUGGGAGUUUAUGGGGCUUCUUUGUCGGCAUAUCUUGUGUGUUUUUGGCAAGAAAUCGAUGUUAGAUAAAUUGCCACAGCAUUGGGUAAAAGAAAGAUGGACUAUUAAUGCUAAAGCUCGACCCAUUCCUGACAUACCAUUAAUGGAAGGGCAAGUUCAGGUAGGACAAGAUGAUCCUAUGAUGAGAAAAAGCAAGUUGAUGAUUCAACUUUAUGACAUUGUUGAACUUGGCUCACAGUCAGCUGAAAAACACAAUCAUCUAUGUCUUGCAUUGGAGAAAGUUCAUAAAGAGUUACUUGCAAUGGAAGAUCAUGUAGCAUGGAUUUGGGGCAAGCAACUGACAACAAAUCGAUACAUUUACAAUAAUGAUGGCUUCCCAUGUGACUUGGGAAUGUAG